AUGACGCAGUGCUUCAAGUGCAAGCAGGCCAUUGGCACAGUUGUCAGUCGCGAUGGGCCGACGAAGUUGUACUGCCCGGACUGCUUCCUCGCCUACUGCGCCGGUGCGGUGCGCGAGAACGCCUUUCAGCAGUGCCGCGUGCCGAGUGACACACCGCUCGCGGUGGCCGUCUCAGGCGGCCCCAACUCCAUGAUGCUGCUGCGCGAGCUCGGUCAGCUGCGGUACAAGACACGAGACCAAAUCCGCCGACAGCAUCUGACACCGCAGCGGCAGGCGCCCGCUCAGGGUGGGAAGUCGCGCAGCACACCCACGUCUUCACCGCCCGCCAGGAGCACACCGUUGGCGUCCAGUCUGAUACUGCUGCCGUUCCACUUGUGUGAAGACGAACUCGUACUUCCGCUGCCGCCGCCGCUAUCCUCAUCGACUUCUUCACCAUCAUCGCUGCACGCGAUCAGCGGCCGACAUGAGGCAGUCAAUCGGGUGCGGUCGGCAAUGGAGGAGCAGUUCGCCACGCUGCGCAAGUACGUGCAGCAGCAGCCACCGCGGUGGGUGUACCACGGCGAAGUCCCGUGCGGGCACAAGAGGACGAAGAAGCAGCAGAACAACCCCACUGCGGCAGAGAGGACGGGUGCUGCCCAUGCGGGUGGAGCCAACAUCGCCACACCAGAGCUGUCUCACCGUGGUGGUGGUUCGACUUCAGCACCGUCGCCGCAGCCACGGCCGCAGCGUCAAGCGGGCGAAAGUGGCGAGACGGCCGCGGCAACCGCGCGCUUGUUCGACGACUCGGAAAUCCGCCUGUUUCGCUACAGCGAUCUUCUUUCAGGCACCUAUCUAAGCGAGCUGCGCUACGCCCUGCACGUCAGCCGGCUGUCGCUGAGCGACCGCGAAGCUCUCUAUGCGCGUGUGCGGCAGCAGACGCUCUGCCGUGCGGCGCAACGUGUGUGUCAGGAGCACCGCCAGCGCAACGCAGCAGCAGCAGCAGCAACAGCUGUUGUCGUUGGCGGAGUGGCACACGAGGAAGGGAUUCGCGAGGACGCGGCGCAGUGUUCCGAAGAACAAGCGCCCUUCGAUGAGCACGUGUCGUUAGAAGGCACGAAUUCGAAAACAAGGUCGCACUUGCUUCUCGGCAGCAACGCUGUGCGGUGCGCCACGGCGGCACUCGAGGCGCUUGUCACGGGCGCCGGUGGCGAAGGCGUCGUACACGGCGCCGGGUUCCGCGGUUUUACGCACGAGGUUGUUUGCCUUCGGCCGCUGCGCGCGAUGCUGCCCAAAGAAACGAUCAUGUACACGCGUCUCUGCGGCAUUGCCGGCAGCUACACGCCUGCGCUGUGUACGGGCACCGCCACUCGCUCUGUCCACCGCACGCUGGAGCAGUUUGUGUUGACCAUGAUGACAUCGUACCGCACCAUGAUCUUCAACGUGCUCAACACCGUGCAGCGGCUGGAGGUGCACCCCGCUGCAAUGCAGGAGCUCCUUCGUGGGAUCGAUGAUGCCUCUGCCUGUCACACGCACGUUCAUGGCGAAGGCUUAGCAGAGGCGGGAAGUACGCAGUCGGCCGGAAAGACUACCAGGAAGGCGCUACCAGCUCGAACGGCGCAGCUGAACCGCACUGAUAUGUGCCUGGCAGCGCCGCUGCACGUGCGUCGCGACUUGGGUGGUGUGAAUGUGAACGAAGCGGACAUCGAUAGCGUCAUCGCGAUGUGCUGCGUGUGCGGCUGCCCUGCCUCCAUCACCUCAUGCUACCGUGGCCAGAACGCAAACACGGCGGUGCGGCAGUUGGAGAUGUUGGCGCUGAACACCACAAGCGCCAUGACGCCGCGCACGAGCGGGGCAUCACCGUCAACCGUUGCCGACGCUGCCUCCGCAUCCGAAGCCUCGCCGACGACGACCGGCUGCUUUCUCUGCUACGCCUGCCAAGGCCUCGCGGACGCUUGGCCUCCAUCAGUCUUUGGGAGAGACAGCACAACAGAGAACGACGAACAACCAGGUAAUGACAGCACCACCGCAGCUGGGGCGGCGGCGCGCCACGGUGCCAUCGCAUCCACGGCUGCCCUUUUUCGGCUGUGUGCACUUUUUUACUGA